AUGGAAAGCAAAGUAAAGGUGAUUUCUUCGGACAACAAGGUGUUUGUUCUUGACUAUGACGUCUCCAUACAAAGUCAAACACUUCGAACAUUUUUUAGCCGGCCAGAAAUGUUCCUAGAAUCUAUCUCCAGGGAGGUUAAGCUUCCGGUCAAAUCACGGCAUCUGAAGAGGAUUGUCGAGUUUCUGGAAUUUAAGUAUCUUUCAGACUCAGAUAAGGAACCUAAGGAGUUUAAAGUUAGUGACUCAGAAGCUUUGGAACUUCUGGAUAUUGCUGUAUAUCUCAAAAUCUAG